AUGGUGUUUGCUCAUGGAAUGGAUGCACGGAGAUCUCAUCCCAUCCUACCCACCAUUCUCUAUCCGAUGCCAAAUAACAGUGUAACUGCCUGUCCCAUGUCAGCUGAAGAGCCAUGGAUUCCUGGCAUUUUUAAAGAUGGCGCUACAGGAAAAAGGAACAGCACAGUUCCGGGCCAGUUGCUCCUUCCUGGUGAAAUAGCAGCAGCUGGUCUAGCUUUUGGCCUUAUAUGGAUCUUGUCUGUUUUUGGAAAUGCUUUGGUGUGUCUCGUCAUCCAUCGAAGUCGGCGGACUCAGUCAACGACAAAUUAUUUUGUUGUCUCUCUAGCAUGUGCGGACCUACUUCUCAGCUUGGGCAGUGCCCCAUUUACAUUGGUACAAGUCAGCUCUGGUCGGUGGACAUUGGGCAGUGCUAUGUGCAAACUGGCACGCUAUUUUCACUACUUGACCCCUGGAGUACAGAUUUAUGUUCUCCUGUCCAUCUGUCUUGACCGUUUCUAUACCAUCUUGUAUCCAUUAAGCUUCAAAGUCUCAAGAGAAAAAGCCAAAAGGAUGAUUGUGGCUUCAUGGAUUUUUGAUGCUGCCUUUGUCUUACCAGCUUUCUUCUUUUAUGACAGUGUUGAUGAGCACUGCAACUUUUUUCCUCCCCCAUCCUGGGAUGGUGCAGUUUACGGAGUGGCCCAUCUCUUAGUGGGUUUCCUUGUGCCAUCUGCCCUAAUAAUUCUCUUUUACCAAAAGGUGGUUAAAUACAUUUGGCGCAUUGGCACAGACAGGCUUAGUGUCAGAAGGACCAUGAACAUUGUGCCCAGGACCAAAGUCAAAACCAUCAAAAUGUUCCUCAUGCUCAAUACUAUCUUCUUGGUGUCCUGGCUGCCAUUUUACGUGGUGCAGCUGUGGCACCCAGAUGAGAGUGAUCGGCGGCAGUGCUGCCUCAUGUACUUGGUGGUCUCCUGGCUCUCUUUUGGAUCCUCAGCAGCCAAGCCGACACUAUACUCUGUAUACAAUGCUAACUUCCGGCGAGGCAUGAAAGAGACUUUUUGCAUGUCUUCCAUGAAGUGUUAUCGGAGCAAUGCCUAUACUAUCACCACUUGCUCCCGCAUGGCUAAAAGGAAUUAUGUUGGCAUCUGUGAAAUGCCCAUCCCGGGCAAAACCACCAUUAAGGAAUCAGUAUACGACUCCUUUGACCGUGAAGCCAAGGAGAAAAAACUGGCCUGGCCAAUCGAUUCCAAUCCUCCAAAUACUUUUGUGUGA